GUGCUAUAAACACUUGAUUAUUAUCACGGCUUUACUGCACAUUUGGUUCCUGAAAUAGGAGCUCACAUCUUCACUUCAUUUAGAUCCUCAACACACAUCCGGGUUACCUGCGGGGAUGCAACAGGUGAGAAUGCGGUUAAAUACCUGGGGUGGGCGGAGUUUAUUCUGGUCUGACAGAAACAGCUCCUGACCUUUGGGACUAACAGGGCGGGAGAGAAAGAGAGGAGCUGCAUAAGGCACUAAUCGGAGCGCAAUGGCCUCGGAGUUCACUCAGGACGCGGUGCUGGUGUUCCUCCAGAGCCGCGGAGGCACAGUGAAAAACUCCGACCUGGUUCUGCACUUCAAAAACUUCAUUCGGGAUCAUGCGGACCAGGACCGAAACCGAGAGCUCUUCAAGAAGUUCGUCAACUCCGUGGCCACCGUCAAACAGCUGGACGGAGUGUCUCAUGUGAUCCUCAGGAAGCAGUUCAGAGGAUAUGUCCCAGGUAAGGGGGCUGAAGUGGGCUCCUCCGACCCUCCGUGCGUCCCGGUCGGGAAGAACGCCGAAACUGCCGCUCCUAACAAGCCGCGACAGAAACCGCAGCAGAAAGAAGCGACUGCACCCGCCCCGUCGGGAGAAACUGCAACGAAAACAAUCCUACCUGUGGCUGGCCUCGUCCUGACCAACAACAGCGUGCAGGAGAAUUUAAACCUGAGGCAGCAGCAGGUACACCAGUCUAUACAACCAGUGACAGCACAGGUAGUGAGUCACAGCCCACAGACACCACAGCUGAAGACACCCAGUCUGCCCACGCCUCCUGCUCUAGAUCAGGCUUCUAAAGUGGGGCAGGGGCAGCGGAGAGUGGGUUUUGGUCCACCUCCUGGUGUCACACCUGCACCUCCUCACAGAGCAACCAGCCCAGGGUCAGAGGUCCUCACAGGGCAGAGGCAGCCAGAAGCGGGUGUUCAUGCUCAGCGUGCCCCCCGGCGGGCGGGAAACAGGCCAAGCUACAAAACUGCUGUGAGCCAAGAUGAUGAAGAGGAGAAAGAGGAGGAGAUCACAGUGACGCAGAUUUCAGCAGGAGGAACGCGGCCCCCGAGCGCUCUGCUCAAUGCCCCGGGGAGGGUCACGCCUGCUCCUUCUUCAGGCCAGAAGAGUUACAGUCAGGGUACUGAGGGGCAAAUGCUCACCCCUCGGAGUCCAACUAGGGUCAUUCCGAAUAACAGCAACUUUGACCUGAGACAGCAGCAGGCACACAGCGCACCUGACCACUCUGUGCGACCAGUGUCAGCACAGACGGUGAGUCACAUCCCACAGAAACCACAGCUAAAGACACCCAGUCUGCCUACACCUCCUGCCCCAGAUCAGGCAUCUAAAGGGGGAGAGCUGAGAGUGGGUUUUGGUCCACUUCCUGAUGUCACACCUGCAUCUCCUCAUAGAGAAACCAGCCCGGGCCCUGAGGUCCUCACAGGGAGGAAGCAGCCAGAGGGGGAUGUUCACCCUCAGCGUGCCCCCCGACGAGCAAGAAACAGGCCAAGCUACAAAACUGCUGUGAGCCAAGAUGAUGAAGAGGAGGUCAUAGUGACGAAGGGUUCAGCAGCAGGAGCGCGGCCCCCUAGCGUUCCACUCAGUGCCCCGGGGAGGGUUACGCCUGCUCCUUCCUCAGUCCAGAGGAGUUACAUUCAGGGUACUGAGGCCCUCAGAAGGGGGCCCCAGCCUCCAGAAGGUGGUCUUCAUCAGGAGCCUCCUGUGCCUCCACAGCUCACCCAAAGGCGUUUGAAGCACAGACAGAGCUAUAAAGCUGCUGUGAGUUAUGAUGAAGAUGACGUAGAGGAGGUUCCCAUGAGGCGAGGUUCAGGAGGAGGAGCGUGGCCACUGAAUGUGCCGCUCGGUGACACAGUGAGGGCCAUGUCUUCCUCAUCGCCAUGCAUCAUAGACACGCCUGCACCUUCAUCUGUCCCACAGAUUUACAUCCAGGGCGCUGAAGGGGAAAAGCUCAGCCCUCACUAUCUAGGUUUGAGGGAGGAAACUGCAGGCCCUAGGUUGGAACUGGGUGAGACCACCAGACGCAGCCUGCCUUUGGAGACUGCACUCCACCACAACAUCCAGCAGGGCCACCAAUACUCACCACUCUCAAGGGAACCCAAACCAGAGACCAAUCAGAGCCACGGACCGUUGAUGUCGUCCAGCCACAGCAGCAUCUACUCGCCCUCGUCUGCUGGCGGCUUCCACAGCACCAAGUGGCCGCCGUCUAACUCCAGCAGAGAAUUGGGAUGGACCAGCAGCUCCUCGGAUCUGCAGAUCAGAGCAGGUGUGCCUGUAGGCGUGCCCAGAAUCCAGGGAACUGUCAAACUAACCAAAGAGGGUAUGUCGGACUCCACGAUGAGUCGUGCUGACACUAAAAUAGUGCCUUGGCAUCGCUCCACCGGUCAGCUCUAUGACGAGCAGGAGCCCUCAGCUUGUUCGUCACCGCUGCGUCGCUCCACUGACCAGCUCAACGAGAACCAAUCCUCUCCGGGCCGAGUGGCGCCGUUUUAUCUUUCCACAGGUGAUCUCUGUGAUCGUGAAGACGCCGUGUCAAGCGAUGACUCGGUCUCUUCACCUUACCUGCGGCAACGCCCUGGUGCCACCAACCGGAUGAGCACCAAACAAAGGAUGUCCCUCAGCAUGGGAGCCGACCUGGACCAGAUUCUUCAGGGGGAGGCAAGGGAAGGAAGAGGAACCGAGGAGGCUCGGAGGAGCCGCCUCCACCGGAUUUCUUCCUCGCUCAGCCUCCGUCACAAUCUGUCGUGCUCCUCAUUAUCAUCCUGUUCCACGCCGCCUCGAAGCCACAGCCUCGCCAGUCUGGACGAGCCAAAAGGAGAAAAGAUGAAUCUAUCUACAGAAGCCUCGCCCUCCUCCAACCACCGUGACAACCACGGUCGACAUUCGCUGGUUCCUUUGGAGCCGAGGGAACAUACCUGGCUGGUUAAGGCGGCGGCGGGCAACUGGCCGGAAAUCUACACCCUCUUCAGAGAGGAACCGUCCCUCCUCAACAAAAAAGACUUCAUCUCAGGCUUCACUGUACUGCACUGGAUUGCCAAACACGGCGACCACCGAGUCCUCAACACUCUAGGGUAUGGAAUUGAAAAGCACUCUCUUACCUUCGACGUAAACGCCAGGUCUAACAGCGGUCACACGCCUCUCCACAUCGCUGUCAUGCACGGUCACAAAAACAUCAUUCGGUUGCUAAUCAAGAAGUUCCAAGCUAAUGUGAAGCAGAGAGACAUGGCAGGUAAGAGACCUUGGCAGUACCUGAGCCUCGACGCGCCACUGGAAAUGUUCCACUUGCUCGCAGCGCCGAUGCAGGACGUUAUGUCAGGAAAGAAAGGUGUUGAGAUGGCAAACACCAGCUGGGAGCAGCAGCAGAAGCAAAGCCGCCACCUGCGUCACCAUGCCUCCUCAGCUUCAAGAGAGAGCCCGCUGACAAUUGCGAGUAGAACGAAGGUGAAACGGGCAACCUCACUCGCUGCGUUGCUUAAACACAAACCGUUAAUACGAUUUCAAGCAAAUCAGGUGAACUCCUCAGCUUAAACUUCAGGGUUAAGCUUGUUUCAAGAGUCUUGCAACAUGGAAUAGUCAGAACAGCUAGCUGGUCCGCGGGUCUUAAAAACUACCAAGACAGAGAUUAAGAAGCAGCUAACUGUUUGUCACACUUGUUCCUUUGUCAUAUGCUUGGGCACCAGCAGUGAUUCUCAUACAGUAGUGAAAAAUAUUUCCUUUCCUGAAACCAGCAAAAACUGCCAGAAACUAUUAAAAGAACAAGCCAUGCUGAUUAGGCCACUGCAUAAAUAUAACUUUACAGUGUUCACAGUAGCAGUCACUGUUACCACCUUAUCGAGCUAUUUAACACAGAAACAAGUAUUAAAUAGACACAAUGACAUGACAAUGACUGCAUGACAUCAUGUGAAAAAAACCUCAAUACCUGCCUGGGGAGCGGUUAAACCUCUUUUGGAGAAAAAAACUCAACACACCCUCUGGUGGUAAUGCUGGUAGUUCCUAAACACGCGUUUUUAAGAAUGAUCUUGUUUUACAUAAAGAGCAGUGGCAUACCAAUAAUCGCCCUUUCUUUCAGUGAAACUGAAAAUAUGCAACAGGAUAAACAGGAUUUCUUCACAGUGGAUAUAUAGAACUGCACAUUUUCAGGGUAUGUAGGACUUGACUGCCUCCUCUCUCCUCUGUGAAGACCUUUCUGAACUAUAAAACCCUAUAAACAGAUAAAUCAGCUCUUUCAACAGCAGCUGUGAGCUUUGCUUUUAAAGCCUCAUUUGUAGGUCCUUUUCUGCUGUUGAUUGUUGGAAGCCUCUCCAACUGGAUAAAUAUGCCGUAUAAUAUUUCACCACUUCUUAUUAUAACAAAAGAGAGAUUAGUUUUUUUGAAGGCCAAAACCUAGAGCUCAGGCCAAACAACUGCAAUAAAGAGAAUCAUGAGUUUCCAUGGCAGACUUUGAAUGCCUAACAAGAGAUUGUAUCACAAAGAAGCUGAAAUAUGAUCUAAAGAAUGCGAUGGUUUAAGCGGGGAUCUGAUCUGCGAGCGCUUGACUGGUUUUCAGCAUGACUUUAUUAUCUUGCAGUUGUGACAGGAGAACAUACAAGGUGUACGUUUACAAGCUGCAGGCUAACAGGAGAGACAGUUCCAGUUUCAGCCGUGAUUCAUUUACUGAUACUUAUUUAGAGUUUGGAGUACACACCGCUGCUUUGUUAAUGUCUGUUUUACAUUCCUCCUGCUGUUUACACACCACCCAUCAGUUUGUUCAGUGAUCCCCCCCCCUCUUUCUUUUAACCAGUGUUUAGUUUGACUUCAUAAAGAUAUUGUAGACAAAUCAAGAAUUACAACUUGUGAAUUACAUUGGCACAAAUUAACUGCCUCCUAGGGAGUAUGCAUUUGUGUUGUUGAUAUGAACCCAUAAUAAUGUUUAACAAAAAUAAGCACAUAUACCAAAAUGUCAAAUUCUUCCUUUAGCUUACAACUUUGUCUGUAUUUUCUGAGUGCCAAUAAUCUACACAUUUAAUUAACAUUUGCAUUAUUUUUUUCCACCUUUUUAAUUUGACUGUUGUUUUCAUGUUAUGUUGUUGUCAACAUCUGCAGUUUGGUUUUCAGUGGUUGCCAAUUUUGACUGGUGACCAUUGGCUUGACAUAGCUACUGGUAGUCAAUUUAAAUUACUAAUGUCACUUGCUAAUGCUAAUCUAACAUGACCACUGGCUUGAGGUGGCUAAGGCUAUUUAAUGUCAGCUAACUUUGGCUGUUAGCUUAGUGUUAUAUUUGGUUGAAAAGGUUAAAAUUAGCUAUUAUCAGGUCGUUUUGAUUACUAGCCUAGUAAUGACCAUUAGCUUGAAAUUGUUAUUGCUAUUCAAUGUCUGUUAAUUUUGGAUACUAGUCUAGCAUGACAUUAACUUGAGGUGGCUAAUAGUAGCUGUUGUCAGCUAACUUCAGCUGCUAGCCUGAUAUAACUAUUCGCUUGAGCUGACUACUACUACUAGUUGAGCUAAUUUUGGCUGACCCCAGGGUUUGAUGCGACCAUUAGCUUCAGAUGGCUAAUACUUGCUCAUAUAUUCAUUAGCCUGAAGUAGUCAAUAACAGUUAACAUUAGCUAACUUUCUCUCGUACAGUCCCUGAAAAGCUUUGAGAAGUUGUACUUUUAUCUAAAUUUACACUUUUCUGCAUUUGUUUAUACUUUUGUCACAGUUGAACUGAAGUUGUAGCUGGUGGAUAGGGGACAAAAUGAUUUUUUUUUUUUUUAAUAUUAAUUACUGUGACAAAUUAUAAUCAAUGUCACCACUUUGUUUCUUUUCAGUGUAUCAGUUGUCAAAGUGGGACUGAUUAUUAUUUUACCCAAUUUCUAUCGUGAAUAUGUAACGUUACAAAAAAAAAAAAAAAACAGAUUGUAUGAAUGAGUGAAUGUUAAAUGUGGAAAAAAAGUUUACAAUUAUCAAGUAAACGUGUAAAAUUUGUACUGGACAUCUUUGACAUUUUGCUAUAUGUGCACCACCACCAAGUAUCACAAUUUCUCUCAUAAACACUUUGUGCUACACCCUUUUGAAAUGGCAGACCUUCCAGAGGAACUCAAGAAACUAUUCAAGAAAUUAAAAAAAAAAAAACUGAUGGAGAAUUUGUAAAAUGCUGAGGAGGAAUUUGAAGUUGAGGCGGUGUAAAACAUGUAAAAGCACAAGUAUUAUCCUUUCACAACCACCAGGGUACAUUACAUUUGACUGUUUUGUUUGUAAAUUUGUCUGUUGUUUACUUUGACAGAUGCACAUUAUAUUUUUAACACCACUGAAUAUUAAAUAUGUUUCACAGUUGGAUAUAUGUUUUUUGUAUCUAUAUUUGAAAGGCCUGAUGGAGGUCUAGUCUGAAAUGUUGCAAUUAAAUAUAAAUUCUGCAAGUCAGAUCGCAUGCUGGAGUGUGUUUGUGAAACAUUGGUGUGAGGGUUUCUGUUUCUGUGUUUCAAGACUGUUCUUCAUGCUUGUGGGCAUGUUCGAUCCUGAUUUGUUGUGUUUUUGUUGUGUUUGGGUGGGUAUGACUGUAAUGGGGACUUGAAACCUGCUUAACAGUCACAUUAUGUGGACUUAAAGGAAAUUAAUAUUAGUCAGGGUUCAGGGUGCUGCUGUUCUUGUAGCUUGUAGCAAUUUUUUUUUUUAAAUCCUCAAAGAGGAUUUAAAAAAUGACUUUUAGAUUAUGUAAUGUGGGUAUUUCAGUAGAAAGAAGUGUGUAUGUAAGUGUAUGUGUGGUUUUUGUCUGAACAAGCUCAGCAGCAGAAAGUCCCUUCCUAUAUAACCGGUCUGACCUGUAGCAUUAUUCAACUCCAUUUCAGUGUCUCAUAAUACACCCAGCUGGGAUAUGUUAUUGCCAAAGUUAUUUACUAUAAAUUUGUGAAAUCAUGCUCCAUUUGUCCUUCCCUACGUCAUUCCUGUUUAUCCAAAUUUAAACUCAGCAAGUGUGUUGGUGGGGACUUGAGUAAGUUUGGUGCUAAGAUUGACGUCAUUUGGAUCAGUGGUACUUUUAUUUUGAGAAAAUAAACUCACAGGCAUGUUUCUUCUUUGACAUUAAUGCAUUACCAAGCUUUUCAGCCCAAAGUUUAACCCUCAAUGAAGUGCCAAAUCCUUACAGUAAACCUAACCUGUGGAAAACUGAAGCACACCCCAUUAUUCAACAGCUUGUAGAACCACCUUUAGCAGCAGUGACUUAAGUAAUCAUUUUCAGCUUUCUCCACUCCCUCAUCAGCAGCCAGGUCCAGGAAGAGGAAGAUGGUGGAAAAAACAGAAACCAAACAAAGGGAGAAUAAGUCCACCAAUGCCAGAGAGACUGAAACAGUGCGUCUACCAUGACGCUAUUCUGCCCUUUGAUGUGAUGAAGUUACAAGAACUCAGAGACUAACCGAGAGCUUGAGACAAUACAGGGAACAAAGGUUAAUGGCCUGUAAUGACACCAGAGGCACAGAGCACACGAGAAACAAAAGAAAACCUGGGGAGGACCCUCGUUUUAGUUUGGACUUGUUUCAAAGCUGCAGGUUUACGUGUGGGAGAUCUCUUUGUUUGAGCUGCUUCCCUUUUAUCUGUGUGCAUACAUGUGUAAAAACUAAUCCGUGCAGCCUUUGCUCUCACAGCAUUUUACAAAGUUCUGAUUCUGGGACAGAAUAUAAGCUGGGCGGGGGGAGUGAGGAGGGGAAAUCUCUUAAAUAUGCUGAACCCUUUUAUUCUGGGAUAAUCAGCUGAAAUAGUUUUAAGGGAUCAAGAACACAGUCCUCUGGGUCUUUUUGUUCCUAAUAUCUUGUUGCACGUGUUCUGAAUGUUGUUUUCAAACCGCCUUUGUAGUUUAUGUCACAGGUUUUAUCUUUGCAACCUGAUGAGCUAGGUCCUGCUGAUACUACACGCUUUAGUUGGUUGUGCAGAAAGCACGUUUUUUAUUCUUGAGUCAGUCUGCUGCCAUGUUUGCUACAGUUCCAGCUGUGGAAAAUUGAAUAUAGAACAUUAUUCAGUCUAUUUGUGGAUAUAUCAUCUGUUAAUAGAUCUUCAUUCCUGGUUUCUUUGAGAACAUCUCUGGCUGAAGCAGAUGGCACUCACUUCAUCUGUUGUCCAGAAGAGUCAAAUGAUCGAUGAGAUGCUCUCCUUUUAUGUGAGUGUGAGAGACGGUAAGAAAGAUCACAAAAAGUCAGAGUUAACAAAGAAGGUUGAUAACCAUGGUGGGGUUUUAGGUUCCAUCAAGCCAGCUAACACAAAGAAAACCUGUCUUCAUCUUUUAAAGCACCUCAGUUUUCUGCACUUUAUUUUACUUUCCCAUCUCUGUUCACCCCACCAGCUCAUCUUAAAUCCUGAAACCUCCCCUAGCUAUAUCAAGUGUACUAAUGGACAGAUAGUUGGAUCAAAGGUCUCCUAGCAAAAGCUUCCCUGAAGCAGACUCAGAGCUUGUGAUUUAUUACACCAACGCUACCUUCUCUGAUUAUUCCAUAGGUCACCAUAUACUAAAGAAAAAUGGACCCUUGUCCCGUUUUAAUGUUUACCAUGUCAGUGCGACCCACCUGGGCUUUGCUUUUGAAUGUGGCUAAAAAAAACAACCCAAAAUGUUCAGAAACAAGAUGACGAUGGUAGAGGUUACCUUUCAAAUAUAUCUUAUACUUUGAUUUUUAGUGUUGAAACGACAUCAGGAGCUCGCCUUACUGCUUCUAUAGCAAAGCCAAAGAUCUCCGACAGCUCUGGGUAUAACACUGUCCUUUGUUGCAGUUUGUGUGAAAGUAAUCUGUAACAAAUGGAAGACACAGCACAUGCUCAGUUUCAUAUUCUUUAUUUACUGGUGCCGUGGUGCGUUCAGGGACCUGGCAUGGCCACCGGCAACUCCUACAGCAGGAACAACAGAGCUUUUUUUCAUGAAGGAAAAUAUACUGAACAUGAAGGGAUUUAACAAAAAAAAAAGUGUGUUUUAGCUUUGAACAUCAAAGCAAA